GGUAUUUUAACGCAAAAGACAUAUCGGACGACUCUUAUAACGUAAAGACAACGACAUGAUAUAGUCUGUGGAGAACGACAAUGAAAAGUCCGCUAAUAGCUGAAGCGACGUCCGGCCAUCAAAUAACCGCCUACAGAGUCGAAGGCGCUUGACCGUCGAUCACACUAAUGAAGCCCUUCAGUCGAGAAGUUGACUCAACCAUGUCAUCGUCCAUACAUUUUCACCACAGGAAUGUAAGAAGUAGCUGGCCUACUCUAUCAUCAACAUACCUCAUAUAUUUCAUACUGUCUUGCGUAGUGGGCGUAUCUGCCCAAACGCCAUCGAUGUCACAAUGUGCCACGACUGUUGAUGGCGCUAAAAGAAUUACGAACUGUAGCAGUUUGGGAUUGAGUUCGGUUCCAGUUGACCUGGACCCAUUCACCACAGAACUAUAUCUCGAUUACAACAAUAUAAAUACAAUCAGGAACAACUCAUUUUCGUAUCUUCAACAAUUGAAAACUUUGAGCGCACGUAGUAAUGGGGUGGUUGCUAUUGAACCACGUGGUUUAGCUGGACUAACCGAGUUAGAUGUUUUAGACCUUUCGGAUAACGAACUUGUUUCUAUAUCCGCCGAGGCACUUGAUAACUGCAACCCUGAUCGUGUAACAAUUGAUGGCAACCUUUUCACGGAAGACACAUUACGUCAAUUCUCAUUAGCUCUUGCUGGCAAGAGACUGUCUAAAUUGUCAGUGAAAGGGAAUCCAACAUUUGUAAAUAUUACAAAAGACACAUUCAAACCUCUUUUCAAUUUACAGUUUCUUGACAUCUCAGGCUGCGAUAUUAAAAGCUUGCCUAAAAGGGCUUUCGAUGGAUUUAGGCGCCUAAAAGAACUUUAUAUAGAAAACAAUACCAACUUAGCUCAUAUUGAUAACGAUGCAUUUUUGAACAUGCAGCAACUGGAGACAUUAUCGUUAGCUGGGUGCGCCUUGGAGCGUGUAACAAUUUUUUUAAAAGACAAAGCCGUACAUCUGCAAUCUUUGAAGAACAUGGACUUGUCUCGAAAUUUGAUUUCAGGAAUUGAUCAGUACUCAUUUUAUCCAAUGAAGUCCAUCCGACACCUUGAUUUAAGUCGGAACAAGUUUGAGCAGAUCACUAUUUUUAACGAAUUCGUCGGACUUACGGGUUUAAAGUAUUUGGAUCUUAGUAGAAACCCUCUUUUCUACAUCGCUGAUAAAUCCUUUCGAGGCGUUUCUGAUAUUGACACAUUGGAUCUAAGCGAUUGCCAGUUUUCCAGUUUGGAAAGCCAAGAACUCUGGGGACUAUAUACAUUGUCUAAACUAUACUUGAACAAUAAUCCUUUGACUUACCUGUCAAAUGCUGUAUUCGAAACACAGUCUAGUAUAUCUGAAAUAUAUCUUACAAACUGUCGGUUGACGCAAGUGACGACGUCGUUUAAAGGACUGAACUUCACUAGAAUAGUUGCAGAUAAUAACCUCAUCAGAAACAUCGCACCUGAUGCCUUUUCUGGUUGUGCGCGUCUAAAUGAACUCAAAUUGCAAGGGAAUAAGCUCCAAUCAAUACCCGAGGCACUAUGUGCAAAUCCAACCAUACAGAAUGUCGAUAUAUCGAAUAAUAUGUUCAACAGCAUAGAUUCCAAAACUAUGGACUGUUUACGAGAGUGGAGCUUCUUUGACGGUAGCAAGAAUCCGUACACGUGUGAUGGAAGACUUGUGGACUUCACUGUAUUUGCAAACGACACUGGGAGGUCUGUAGUUCAACAAUGGCCAGAUGGAUAUCGCUGUAAUGCCCCCAUAGAGUGGCAGAAUCAAACAGUUCACCAUUAUAUCAAUACACAGUGGCUAACUACAACCACGACAACCACCACCACAACCGUCGCUCCGACAACAGAAACGGUGACAACGGAACAACUAACCACAAUAAAACCGACAACGGAACAAGGGACCACAGUUGAACCGACUACAGAGCAAAUAACGACAGUUCAACCGACUACUGAACAUAUUACCACAGUUGAAGCGACCACAGAACUAAUGACCACUGUUCAACCUACCACAGAAAAAAUUACCACGAUUGAACCGACCACAGAACAAAUUACCACAGUUGCCACAGAACAUAUUACCACGGUUGAACCGACCACAGAACAAAUUACCACUGUUGAACCGACCACAGAACAUAUUACCACAGUUGAACCGACUACUGAACAUAUUACCACAGUUGAACCGACUACUGAACAUAUUACCACAGUUAAACCGACGACAGAACAAAUUACCACAACUGAACCCAGUACAGAAAGAAUUACCACACCUGAAAUAACGACGGAACAAAUGACUACCAAUAAAGUAACAACCGAACAAGAUACGACUCUAUUACCAACAAGAGAACGAAUGUCAACUGCUGGCGUUAUAACCACCAGACAGACGACUGCAAUCCCACGAACAACUUCUGUAGCAGCUACAUCAUCAAAUUCUCCAUCACCCGUUGUCACGACAACGCUCCCCUUGACACCAACAACCAACAAAGUAGAAAACAUUUCAGGACCUUUUGAAAGCAGGCAGAUCAGUGAUCGUGAUGCGGUCAUUAUUUCUAUAUCCACAGUGCUAGGAGUUGCCUUUAUAGUGUUUCUAAUAAUAAUGUUUUACAUUGUUGUCUUUAAUGGGUCACGAAGAAACAAAUCAUGGACGGUGACUCGUGAUAUAAACAACUCACAUAAGCAAUCAUACAAUAAAUUUGAAAUGACGAACAUUGAGAUAGAUAAUCAAAUGCAAGAUGGUAAAGUGUUUUCAGAUGAGGCUAAAUCAAACGGAACUGCUAUUAUCUAUUGAUAUUUUUAUUAUUCUAUUCAUUAUAUCACAUUUUCAAUAUAAUCUCAGAACAUACCAGUUUAUGUACAUGUAGAUGCAAUACCAAUUUUGGAAUAGAAUUCCUCAACUCCCGUAUCAAUGUUGCCAUUUGUUACUCUUGAAAUCGUUUAAAACUGUUCCUUCAGAUAUCCGUCUUUGACAUAAUUUACAAAAAUAAUAAGCAAGUCAGACGGUCAGUUCAUUAUUAUUAUUGACAAAGUUAAUAAAAGAAUAUGUAAAUAUGAUUCAACAUGAUAAGUAAACUAUUUCAAACGCUAUGUAAAGAUAUUCAGAUGUUACAGAAUUUAUAUUUUGUAUAGUCUCUAUAUAGGAAAUGUUGUAAUAAUAGGUUUCAAAUAAACACAUUAUCACAUCACAUUGUAUUUUGGGUCACUUUGUAUAUUUUAAUGAUUCUUCAUUAAAAUAUCGCAUUUUGUGUUUGUGAUGGCUAAAAACGAGUGUCUGGGUCCCAAUUUUAUUUUAUAUAUUCUUGAAGAAUGUUCCUUGUAACUGCUUGAUAAUGUGCGAUUGCCCCUCCUUCCAAAUUAUGGUUUGAAACUACUUGAUGCCCUCUUACUUGAAAGGGUCUAUACAUCACUGAAUGAUAUCUUGAACAUGGUUAAAUUUCCUCGUUAUGCUGGGGGCCCUUGUAGCACAACAUCUCCCUUUUCUAACGUUUCUCCAAAUUGCUCAAAAAGAAAGUUCUAGUGAGCUCAAUAUAGAAGUGAGUUUCCCUUGGCCUAUCAGCUCGUACAAACCGACCCCCCCCCCCCCCAACCUGACCAACCUGAUUUACGUGGCAAAAUUGACCCCCCCCCCCUUGAAGAAAAGUGUCUGACGGGCCUGUGGGUGCUAUAUAUUUCCCAUUCUCUUGGAUAUAUCUAUAAUGUAUUUAUCUCUUAAGAGCCAACCUGUACACAACAGUACCUCAUAAUCAGCGAAGAGUUACAGUUAUUCAUCUUAAUUUGAUUUCACAUAUGUAAUGGAACUCAAAGCCACAAUUCCAGUUAUGUAGUUUAAAUUGUUCACCACCAUAAAGAACUGUACAUCUCUCUGCAUUCACGUCGUUAGGUUCUGGACUGCUCCACGUAGUACUCCAAGGGGCAUAUAAUAUCGGUUUUGUCUUCCAUGAAGGUCCACCCGCCCAUUGCCAACCUCCAUUUAAAAAGUUGCCACCAAUGAAGAACGAAUUUCCUGUUGUAGCACCGUCUCCAAUAAUCCCCCGUCCCUGAAUCUCACUUCGUAGGAAAUUGUAUUCUUCUUCCGAGUCUAUAGCAACAAGAUUUGCGUCCAUUGAGUUGCAAAAUGUGAGAGCAUUGUACCAAGUGGUUUUCUCAGAUAUGACAAAGUUGUAACAGGACUCCAGGUUUUCAUUGAAGGUGAAUCCCAUUGGGCACACAGACCCAUGGGUGUAAUCGCAGUGUGCAAUUGUUCUCGUAGUUGCAAUGUCGAGGAAGACGAUUGCGAAUAUCAUCCCAGUACCGAGUAAAGUCUUCAUCUUGCCAGUGCGCUAUCUAUAGAUGAAGAAAUAAAAUAUAUACGUUGUAUAUGGAACUCAGAUUCUUUUUAGAAUCGUUUUUGACUUCAUCUAAACUAAACUGUUCAACAAAACUUUUCAAAUUCAGUUUGAG